AUGAUCCCGCUCAAAAACGACCGAUGGCGACUACCCAAAUCUCGCUACGCAUCAAACUCAACCUACAUCUCCCAAGAUCCUCGCCUACGCCCUGAGUAUCUUGACCCGGAUCUCAUCAUUGACAGCGACAUCAAGCAACGGCUAGUCGAGGGUGGCAUGGACGAUCUCCUAGCGACACACUUUGCUCACCUGUUCAUCCGCGAUCCCAUUGUCGUGUUCGCCGAAGAUCUUCAAGAGUUGGACCUUACCAAGGCCGACCACUUUGAGAACCUGCAGUCGACCAAUUGGCAGCACAUGCGCUUCAAGCCACCGCCAGCUGGUUCCGACAUGGGCUGGCGCGUCGAGUUCCGGCCCAUGGAGAUCCAAAUCACAGAUUUCGAAAACGCUGCAUUUUCAAUCUUCAUUGUGCUACUGACCCGUGCUAUCCUCUCGUUCAACCUCAACUUCUACAUUCCCAUCACACUAGUGAGCGAGAACAUGGAAACAGCGCACAUUCGCGACGCUGUAUCGACGCAGAAAUUCUGGUUCCGAAAGGACCCUUUCUCGGCACACAAGUCGGGUGGAACGGGUACAUCUACACCAGCUGGAAAUGCCAGUCGCCCAGCGACGCCCACCGGCCCAGUGGAAGACGAGUAUGAGCAGAUGACCAUCAAUGAAGUCAUCAACGGAAAGACUACUUCCGAUGGCAAUGGCUUCCCGGGUCUCAUCCCGCUUGUGGAAUCCUACCUCAACAGCAUGAACGUCGAUGUUGAAACACGUUGCGAUCUAGCCACGUACCUGGACCUGAUCCGCAAACGCGCCAAUGGAACAUACUGGACUGCCGCCAAGUGGAUCAGGCAUUUCGUCCAAACGCAUCCAAACUACAAGAAGGAUAGCGUUGUUGGAGACGACAUAACAUACGAUCUCGUCAAGGCUGCCGAGCAGAUUACACGUGAGGAAGGCAAGGAUGGCUUAGGUGUGGAGAUGCUGGGCAAGCGUCGUUGA